GUCGCUAUUGUUUUAUAAAUUGUUUAGAUUUAUAUUUAGUAGAGAUGUCAAAUUCGUUAGAUCUAAAGCAUUCUUAUGUUUCACUCGAAUGCAUGAAGUUAAAAUACUAGAAAUAAGCUGCGAUAAACCAUGGAUCAAACUAAUAUCAGUUUACAAAGAGCAACAAUUAAAGAACUUUCGCCAAUUAUAACGAAUGCAAUAGUCGUUGGUAUCAUAAUAGCUAAACAAAGGUUGAGAAGAUUUGUCGAUAAUAAAGAUACUUUUAAAGAAAGGGGAGUAUGGAAUUUUACGAUAAGAGAUUCGAUUGUCGAUUAUAUUAAUGUCACAUGCUGGGGAGAUGCCAAUGAAAUUAUAGAAACGUAUGAUAAGUAUCAUACGGGAGAUGUCAUUGAAAUUACUAAACCACGAAUUGAUGUGCGUAAAGUUGGAGAUAUUAAAGAACAGUACUGCCCUAUGGUUACUUCGCCCUUCCAUUUAACUAUUAAUGUACCUAGCAUGGCAAAACAUGAAACAAACAAUUACGACUAUUAUAGUACACUUUUACGACAUCCAACAAAACCCAUAGUAGGAGUUAUCAACUUAAUAGAUGUGCACAAUAGUGGGGGAGGUAUUGCAAGUUUUGUUGAUCUUCUUGGAGCAAUCCGAACGGUAGGCCCAAUUAGAAUAAUUACAACGAAAGUGGGAAAUGAGCAGCAAGUUCGUGAUGUGGUUAUUUUAGAUCAUACUCACCCUGGUUUAAAAAUUACUUUAUGGGAUCCAGAAAUGAUAGCUAGAGCUUCGUCUUGGAAACCACGUUCGACGGUUCUUUUUAUGACGGAAAUGAAAAUAGAUUGGUCAAGUUUUAAUCGAUCUGUUGUUGCUUCUUUAACCUCGCGUACUAUUAUUACCGAAAAUCCUGUAGGCUCUGAAGCGAAGAAAUUACGGGAAUAUGCGUGUACCGUACAAUUAGAAAAUUCUGUAAUACUUGAUCAACUAUCUUCCUAUAAACCGAAUGGUAUGUUAACAUUGUUUCUAUACUUAUUUAUCUACAUGCAUUUAUUUAACGCUAAGUACUUUCACGCAGAAUCUUAAAUAAUUUUAAAGAUAAAAGCAAGAUAUAGGAGCAAAAACUUAACGCCAAGCGAGUGAAUCUAAAAAUCAUUGUCGCCAAUAAAGGAUAGAAAGCGCGUUUGAACGCUGCGCGAUGAGCGACCGCGCAUCGAUUUCUGUAUUUUCAAACAAAAUCUCUUUACACGCGGCAAAUCAAAUGAGCCUUGCCUUACUGCGCAGUGAACAACUUACGACGCUAUAAGGCUUGCGCCGUACAUUGAACGAGUCAUGUACUUUCUACUCCUAUCUCUACUUUUUUGGACAAAAGAUAACUUAUCGGGGUAAUUUUAUACUUUCGCGGUCCCCUCGUUUUUUGGCUCUAGAAAAUCGAAAAAUCAUUUUUUUUAAAAUGUUUGUUUUUACGGCGGAUUUAUGAAAAAAAAUAUGA